AUGUCGUUGAAAUACAGUUUAAUUUUCGCACUCUGCCUGGCGGCAGUGGCCCUAAGCAAUACCGAACGUGCGCGCUAUGAUAACUAUCGCGUGUAUAGGGUGACCGCAUCCAAUCUUCAAGAAUUGGCGUUCUUAAAGGAAAUGGAGGACAGCAGUGACGCAUUGAUCUUCUUGGAAGGCGUUCACUCCGUUGACAAGGAUAUCGAUGUUGUUGUGGCACCUCACAAAGUACCCGACUUCCUGAAAGCUUUGAUUGACCACAAUAUCGAUUACGUAUUGCUUGAACAGAAUUUGCAAUCACGACUCGAAGAUGAUGACGAUACAGAGAUUCGUGGACGUGCUGGCGCUUAUGGCUGGGAAGAGUACCAAACGCUUACCGACACAUACACUUGGUUGCGGUCGUUGACCAGUUCAUAUCCAGGCGUUGUGAGGCUCAUCGAAGGUGGCAAAACUUAUGAGAAGCGUUCGAUUUUGGGUGUGAAAAUCUCCUAUAAUAACGGUGCAGAGAAAAAGCCUGGCAUCUUCUUAGAAGCUGGCAUUCAUGCACGUGAAUGGAUUGCACCAGCUACCGCGACCUACAUCAUUAAUCAGCUGCUGACAUCAGAAGAUGCUGCCAUUAAGGAUUUGUUUCAAAAUUACGAUUGGUACAUAUUCCCGCACGCCAAUCCCGAUGGAUAUGUCUACACGCACACUACCGAUCGUUUGUGGCGUAAAACACGUCAGCCCCAUGGUACCUGCUAUGGCGCGGAUCCAAAUCGCAACUGGGACUUUCACUGGAAUACAGUGGGCGCUAGCAGCAACCCCUGCUCUGAUACGUAUGCUGGUCCGUCUGCAUUUUCUGAAUUGGAAGCAAAAUCGUUGUCAAACUACAUUCAAACGCUGGAGGGAAAAAUUGACGUAUACAUAUCUUUCCAUUCCUACUCUCAGUAUGUGCUUUAUCCCUAUGGUCACACCCAAGAACUGCCUGCUAAUGUCAAUGACUACAAGCGUGUAUUCAAUGUUACAGUGGCUGCUAUCGCAGAGCGCUAUGGUACCAAAUACACUGGUGGCAAUAUUUACGAUGCCAUUUAUCCGGCUGCGGGCGCUAGUGUGGACUGGGUCUAUGGUAACGUGGGUACUCGCAUGUCCUUCUGCCUGGAAUUACGGCCAGGCCCAAAUUCUAUUCUAACUGGUUUCAGACUGCCAGCCGCUCAGAUUAUUCCUACAGGCGAGGAAACUCUGGAUGGUGUGGUCGCUUUGGUUAAUGAAGUUAAGGCUUUGGGUUACUUUGUUUAA